AUGGUUGGUCUGGAGCAGACAUCGCGUUAUAUAGCCCAGUCUGGCUUUACUAAUUGGGAUGCAGGACACGGCAGGCGGCUUGCGCCCGCGCAUCCUACAAUCGUCAUUUUACACGAUUCGGCAGUUUACUGUGCUAGCUAUACUUUGUAUGGAAUAAUAUCGGAUCAAUUCUUAUCAAGAUUGGCAUCAUUCUGGGACCCUCCAUACUGUCCUAGUCAGCUGUCAGUGGUAGAAUUUAUUGUGCUGGCGCCACUGCGCCUAGCUUUCUUCAUGUUCUUAGAAGUAUCAUGUGAAGACUACAAUAUGAAUAACAUAUUUUAUGGAAACCAGUAA